GCGCACACCAGGGUCCCCGGAGAAGUUGUCUCCAGCGGGAAGCCUGUCAAACCACGGGCGGGGUGGGGGCUUAGAACACACACACUUAUUCUCCUGGUCCUCGGCUGGCACCGGGCAGCCCGCCGCGCGGGCUGAGCAGGGGCGGACACUGCCGCCCUGCCACUGACAGUUGACACCGGAGGACACCCUGGAGGUCCCCGUCCGCCGAGGCCCGGCGGGGCGGCGCAGAGAGGCUGUACCUGGCAGGCACCCACGUACCUAUCAUGGUCACUGGGCAGGUGGAGACUGCUAGGCACGCAGGAGCCUCCGCGCACACCGGCACCCGCCUGUGCCUCCCACCAGUGUGGCUCCGGGGGUAAGUCUUCCGGCACUUGCCUCCCCUGUGCCCGGCCUUCGGAAUGCGCACGCGCCGACGGCGCGCACCAGGGGCCUUCUGGGAGUCGUAGUUUUACCGCGUAGUUUCUCCUCACCCCGCCCCUCUCCCUCCGGCCGCCGGCCGCAGUCCGCCGCCGGCCUUCCGCCGCCAUUCGGGAUUCAGGCCCAGGAAACGUACGUCACGGGGGAACUGGGCCAUUCGGACUUAGUGUUGACGCGUCGCUUAGCAACCGGGAGGCUUACCUUUGGAAGCUUGUUGCAGCUUUUGCCGCCGUCCUUCGCUCUUCCCGCCCCUCCCCUCCCCUCAACUCCCUUCACCUAGGAGCUGCCAAACAUCUGGAUCAACCUGGGCGCUACGAGGGGUUGAAUUUCUACCAGUAUCGCGCCUUUUUACAUUUUUUUUCCCCGAACUCCUUCUCACAUCCGUAAAACCCACUGCUUCUUUUACUACACGUUUUAUGAGAACAAGACAUUUUCUAGGAAGAUGGUGGCAGAAAAAGAGACCCUGAGCUUAAACAAAUGCCCAGACAAGAUGCCGAAGAGGACCAAGCUGCUGGCACAACAGCCGCUCCCGGUGCACCAGCCUCACUCCCUGGUUUCUGAGGGCUUCACAGUCAAAGCCAUGAUGAAAAACUCAGUCGUGAGAGGCCCACCAGUUGCAGGAGCAUUUAAAGAAAGACCAACGAAGCCCACAGCAUUUCGAAAAUUUUAUGAACGAGGAGAUUUCCCAAUUGCACUUGAGCAUGAUUCGAAAGGAAACAAAAUCGCGUGGAAGGUGGAAAUCGAGAAGCUGGAUUACCAUCAUUAUUUGCCUCUGUUUUUUGAGGGGCUCUGUGAAAUGACAUUUCCCUACGAGUUUUUUGCCCGGCAAGGAAUCCACGACAUGCUGGAACACGGGGGGAACAAGAUUCUUCCUGUCAUUCCACAGCUCAUUAUCCCGAUAAAAAAUGCCUUGAAUCUUCGAAAUCGACAGGUCAUUUGCGUCACCCUCAAAGUCCUCCAACAUCUGGCUGUGUCAGCUGAGAUGGUGGGUGAAGCUUUGGUGCCCUAUUACCGUCAAAUCCUCCCCAUCCUGAACAUCUUUAAGAAUAUGAAUGUUAACUCGGGAGAUGGCAUCGACUACAGCCAGCAGAAGAGGGAGAACAUCGGUGACCUGAUCCAGGAGACGCUGGAGGUCCUGGAGCGCUACGGAGGAGAAGACGCCUUCAUCAACAUCAAGUACAUGGUCCCCACCUACGAGUCGUGCUUGCUGAACUAGAGGCAGGAACAGCUGGGAUGGGGGAGGGCUUGCCUUAGUGCCCAGAUCAUCUGUCUCUGCUGCUUUUAGCAUCUCAUUACUUGUGACUUCUACAGCUUUCUUUUCUACAGCUGCUAAAAUAGUGGCUCAUGGGCCGUUGGACCAUUAGCCCCAUUGAGAGCAAAGUUUUCCAAUACAUAAAUAGUGCCUGUUUCUUAGAUUACAAUAGCGUACUGUGCUUAUUUGUUCUAAGAGAAGAAUUGCUUCUUUAUACAACUCGGACAGAAGCAGGAGUCCGAGUCAAACCUUCAGUUGUAUAGACAAUAAAACUAUAAUUUUCAUGCACA